AUGGCACCCGGAAUGGUAGAGAAUCCCAGCAUCGCCUAUGUCGAAUCACGACCCUCGAAAAAAAUCAAGUUCGCGGAAGAGGCAAACUUCGAGGACGACGAUGAAUGUGUGGCGAUAGCACUCCCCUCGCAUCCUCUUGGGAUCAAGCCCGCCGGGAAUGCAUACACUGCGACUGAAAAUAUAAAGUCGCACUGUGGACUGUUCGCCAGGCUGCCCGAUGAGCUUCUCAGCCACAUAUUGGAGUCAUUCGAUGCUGACGUCCUGGUACGACUGGGAAGCACAUGUCGAGCCCUGUACGCUUUCACCAGACUGGACGAACUCUGGAGGGCCUUGUUUGUGAGUUCACCGCCAGAAGACUUUGAGUGGCGUGGAACAUGGCGAGCAACAUACCUCCGCACACCCAGAGAACAUAUCACAUCCAUACCGUGCACCAACCUUUUCUCUGACACUCUCUACCGACCCUUCCAAUGCGCCCACACCCCACUGAACUCCUACGCCGCCAAAAUACCAAAAAGCAAUGAAAUCUCCCGACUCACCGACCUGACCUACGAAGAAUACGCCGAAACCUGGGUGGACAAACCCUUCAUCCUCACCUCGCCCGUCAAAGAAUGGCCCGUGUACGGUACCUGGACCCCAGAAUACCUGCUGUCCGAGUAUGCAGACACCAAAUUCCGUGCAGAAGCCGUAGACUGGCCCAUGUCAACCUACAUGACCUACAUGCACGACAACGCCGACGAAUCUCCCCUCUACCUCUUCGACCGCGCCUUUGCCCCAAAAACCAACAUCGACAUCACGGCUCCCCCUCACUCCCCCCACGCCUCCUACUGGAGCCCCACCUGCUUCGGCGAUGACCUCUUCGGCGUGCUCGACGAACACCGCCCAGAUUGCCGCUGGAUGAUCAUGGGCCCUGCCCGCAGCGGCUCCACUUUCCACAAAGACCCCAAUGCGACAAGUGCGUGGAAUGCCGUGCUCACAGGGUCAAAGUACUGGCUCAUGUUCCCUGCUGGCCCCGACAUCCCACCACCCCCCGGCGUCAUCGUGAGCGACGACCAGAGCGAAAUCACAAGCCCGCUUAGCAUCGCAGAGUACAUGCUCACCUUCCACGAGCUCGCGCGGCAAACCCCCGGCUGCAAAGAAGGCAUCUGCCACGCCGGCGAGGUCCUGCACGUCCCCUCUGGCUGGUUCCACCUCGUCCUCAAUCUCGAAGACAGUCUAGCGCUCACACAGAACUUUGUGCCCCGCAAGAAAUUACCAGAUGUUCUGGCGUUUUUGAGGGACCAGAGGGCAGAGGUCAGUGGCUUCCGCGAAGACGUCUGUGAUUCUGCGUAUGAAUUGUUUGUCGAGCGGUUGGGAGAGCGGUUUCCGGAGGUUUUGGCAGACGGCUUGGCCGAGUUGGAGAAGAGGGGGAAGGGGGGCCGGGGGAGGUGGGAGGCGUUGACAAAGGGGGUCGAGGAUGUGGAAGGGGAAGGGAGGUUUAGCUUUGGGUUUGGAGGCGAUGAUGAUGAUGCUGAGGUGCCGUGA